AUGGCAUUAUCUAAUAAUCCACCGAUAUUGUCCUUCCCAAAGACAGAAAUUCCGGGCUGGUUGUUCUUCUUCAUCUUCGUAACAUUGGCUUCAGUUCGAGCCAAAGCAGCCUCCGCAGACUCUGAUGCCGACGAUGCUUUGUCAGAUUUCACCAACGACCUGUUCACGGAUCUGGGUCCUCUUUUGGCUCUCUUUGGCGAGCAAAUGACGAAGCAAUACAUUAGCGAAAGCACAACCUUUUACGACUAUUUCAUCUUUGGCAUGGGUCCCAUUGGUAUUAUUACGACCAUCGUGUCUACUAUCCGGCUUUGUGGUCCCACAUCUCUUCGUGCCUUUAUCGGAAGGUCGCAGGAGGGAAAUAGUGCGGUCGAAGCCGAGCUUUGUACAUCGACGAGUCGUGACGUGUGCGAGGUUUUCAACAAUGGCGGUAUUACUCGUGUUCUCGGCCGACCUAAAAUUCUCGAGCUCAUUCGUACGCCAAAGAAUUAUACCCCAAUGAAAGAAGAUGUCGAUUCAAUUGAUCGUAAAGUCGGCUUGUAUUCGUUUCGACACUUUUUGCAACAGUCCGAGGCUGAAGAAACAACAGAGUGGAGACUUGAACGACGUGAACAGCUUGGUCCGGCUUCGCAAAAUCCACCCAAUCUGUCGCUCAAUGUCGGCAUUACUCCGCAUCGCCCGUGGGUCUUCAAUCUUGUUGCCCUAGUUGGAUUUGCUCUUCAAGCUGGCGUGCUUGUAGUUGCGGGGGUUGGCGUUCGGACAUUGGGCUUGGACUUGAACAAGAGCAAUCUUGCUUCGACGACUUAUGCGCCAAACAUGUUUAUUAUCGGUACAAUAUUGAUGUGUGGAGGGAUGGGCGCAUGCAUCACUAUCAUUGGUCAAGCUACAACGGAGGUUCGUUGCAGACGCACACCCUCUGUUACUGGCUCUCCCAGAACGUCUAUUAUCUGGCUACAACCUCGACAAGUCAUAGCCGACCAAAGCUUGGACCCAUAUGUUUUCAUUGAAGACGACGGAAAGCGACUCUCGUCUUGGACAUCUUCCACGAAGAGUUGGGACUUGGUUACUGGAAGCGAAUUCAAAUUCAAAUUAGCGACAUGUGUUGCAGUUGCAGCAGUCCUCGUGGGGUACAUCCUGCAAUUCAUUGGGUUGAGGGGCAUGAGAGCUUGGGUAUCAAUUGCGCAAUUGAUUACAACCGUUGUCAUGAGCAUCUUGCGCGGGGUACUCCGAAUGCAACGACUUAAAAAGGACGACAAUGAAUUGUUCAAGAAGGCAGAGAUAGUUCCAGGACACGAGCUCGACUGGCUGGCUAUUGAACUAUGUCGGCGUGACAGUCUGACCGAGACGACCCAGUUGAAGACGCCUCGUUCAACCCUCCAAGUGAGUUUUAUGAUGCAUCGUCACUGCAAUGUUGAUGGUGGGGGUUACUAA